AUGAAGCUUUCAAUCACUGCAUUCGCGGUUGUUUCCUGGUUCAAUGUGGGUGUGGCCUUGGACAAUGGCCCUGUCAUCGUGGAACGUGAUCUUCAGUUCGGAGAUGAGGAUUUUUUGGGAUGUCAAGUUGGAAACACUGGCAAUGGCAAUGGUAAUGGUAAUGGCAAUGCCAAUGGCCAAGGCCAUGGCCCUCCUGAUUUUGUGCUUGCAAAGUUCAAUUGUGACAAUCAAGUGAAACCUGGUCGGACCCUUCCUGUGCCAGAGGAGCACAUGUUUUUGAGGAUGGGGCUGAACAGGUUCUGUCUCCCCUUGUGUUUCAAAAGCAACACAGAUAGCUCUGUUACAAUCACCAAGGGUGCUGAAGGAUGGUUGUUGUCAGCAACUAAAAGAGGAAAUGGGAAUGGCCAUGGGGUCAAUAUGGAUGUUUUUCCCGUGGUUGACAAUUACUUUGCAGAGCUUGAUGCUGAUGACAUCAGUGAUGAAUUGUUGCCUGAAUUCACUCUUGCAGAUGCAUUGAGCCAUGAUGAUCGCCGUAACCUCCGAUCCAUCAGUCAGUUGAAGGAGCGUCUGAGCACCAAUGAUCAGGAUAAAACAACUGGCCGGUCUCUGCAAACUGUCUUUGAUGUUGUUGAAUUUGACAAUGUUGUUGAUAGUUACUUCUGUGCUGCCUAUGGAGGCAAUCCAACUAAUGCCCAGGCAAGGGCAAUCUCAAUUUUUGCUGAGGCUAGCAAGAAAUAUGAAGCUUUCAAUGUGAAGCUCAAGAUAAAGACUUUGGCCAUGUACUGCGAUCCAGGCAAUGACCCGAUUCGAUCCAUGAUCAAUAGCGCUGGCUCUUCUGAUGUUUGUAGUACCUCAAAUUGGCUCUUGGAGCAGUUUUCAAACUUUGUAGCCAACCAAGGCACAUUAUUUGAGGGUGACCUUGUCCAUCUCUUCCAUGGAUUUGACUUCACUGGAACCAGCACUAUUGGGUGUGCGUAUCUGGAUGUGCUUUGCAAUUCAUUCUACAGGACAGGUAAGGAAGAGUGCUCAGGACCCAAAUGCUUUCCGGGCAAUAUUACUUCACAACCUUAA